AUGUCGCCUGAAGGGGGCGAGUUCUACGUUCGAUAUUAUGUAGGUCAUCGUGGCAAAUUCGGACACGAAUUUCUGGAGUUUGAAAUACGAGGAGAUGGUCGUCUUCGAUAUGCUAACAAUUCCAACUACAAGAAUGACGUGAUGAUUCGGAAAGAGACUUUUGUAUCCAAGUCAGUACUAAGUACUAUUCGUGGUAUAAUUGAACAAAGUGAAGUUAUAAAUGAAACCGAUUCUAAGUGGCCCGCGAGUGAUCGUGUUGGACGACAGGAACUUGAACUAAUCUUGGACGGGAAACAAUACCAAUAUGUAACAUCAAAACUUGGUUCAUUAGCAGAUGUGAAUGUUUCAAAUGAUCCUGAAGGACUUAAACUGUUUUACUACUUGGUUCAAGAUCUGAAAUGCCUCGUUUUCUCCUUAGUCUCCUUGCACUUCAGAAUAAAACCUGUAGCAUAA